CACAUUUUCCAUAAACUUCCUCUUGUCUAACCAACUUAUCUCCCAAUGGCUGCCUCGGUCGAGAACCGGAAGUUUAGUCUUCUCGAUCAGGGUUUAAACGACGUUGUCAUGAAACUCAAACCCGGUCCAGACCACCGGUCUGAUUCUCCAAACCGAGGGUACCAAUUCCAACCGACCAAACCGGUGGUUUUUGAUGACUCGUCUUCCGACGAGGAUGAACCGGAGAAUGACUACACCGAGUUGAUUAAAAAAGGCAACAUGGAGAUCGAGCCAUCGGUUCUCGACUCACGCGACGAAGGAACCGCCGACAAUUGGAUCAAACGUAACCCAUGCAUGAUCCGCUUAACCGGAAAACAUCCCUUCAAUUGUGAAGCUCCCUUAAACCGGCUCAUGCACCACGGCUUCAUCACUCCGGUCCCACUUCACUACGUCCGUAACCACGGUUCAGUUCCCAAGUUAUCUUGGGACGACUGGACCGUGGAAGUGACAGGCCUAGUCAAACGACCAGGCCGAUUCACCAUGGAUCAACUUACGAACGAUUUUGUCAGUUGCGAGUUCCCAGCAACUCUUGUAUGCGCUGGGAACCGCAGGAAGGAACAAAACUUGGUGAAGCAAUCCAUAGGGUUCAACUGGGGUGCGGCCGGGGUUUCCACCUCCGUGUGGCGCGGUGUGCCCCUAAGACUAGUCCUGAAACGAUGCGGAAUACUCAGCCGCGAGAAAGGCGCACUUAACGUGUGCUUCGAGGGUAUCGAGGAUCUCCCCGGAGGCGGUGGAUCGAAGUACGCUACGAGUUUAACGAUAGAAUUGGCUAUGGAUCCGUCUAGGGAUAUAAUACUCGCGUACAUGCAAAACGGGGAGAGGCUGGCGCCGGAUCACGGGUACCCGGUGAGAAUGAUAAUUCCGGGUUUUAUCGGAGGCAGAAUGGUUAAAUGGUUGAAGAGAAUUAUAGUUACUACUAAGGAGUCGGACAAUUACUACCACUACCAGGACAACCGUGUCUUGCCGUCGCAUGUUGACGCGGAGCUAGCCAACGCCGACGCAUGGUGGUACAAACCGGAAUACAUUAUAAAUGACCUGAAUAUCAAUUCUGUGAUAACUACGCCUUGCCAUGAAGAGAUUUUGCCUAUCAAUGCGUGGUCCACUCAGAAGCCAUACAUCAUGCGGGGCUAUGCAUAUUCUGGUGGAGGGAAGAAGGUGACGCGGGUGGAGGUGACGAUGGACGGAGGAGCUACGUGGAACGUCUGCGAUCUAGACCACCCAGAAAAACCAAACAAGUAUGGAAAAUAUUGGUGUUGGUGCUUCUGGUCGCUGGAGGUGGAGGUUCUUGACCUUCUCGCCGCCAAGGAAAUCGCGGUCAGGGCUUGGGACGAAACGCUCAACACGCAGCCUGAGAAGCUUAUAUGGAAUCUCAUGGGGAUGAUGAAUAACUGUUGGUUUAAGGUGAAAACAAAUGUUUGUCGUCCGCAUAAAGGAGAGGUUGGUAUCAUUUUCGAGCACCCUACCCAACCGGCUAACCAACCUGGCGGAUGGAUGGCUCGGGAGCGACUCUCAUCAAGCGUCGACGCAAUCCCUACCGUGAAGAAGAGUGUUUCAACUCCCUUCAUGAACACGACCUCCAAAACCUUCUCCAUCUCCGAGGUCAAUAAACACUCAACCCCUGACUCAGCAUGGAUCGUCGUCAACGGCCACGUUUAUGAUUGCACCAAGUUCCUGAAGGACCACCCUGGAGGAGCCGAUAGUAUCUUGAUUAAUGCUGGAACUGACUGCACUGAAGAAUUUGACGCCAUCCACUCCGAUAAAGGAAAGAAAAUGCUCGAAGAUUAUCGUAUAGGAGAACUCAUCACCGUUGGUUACAACUCAACCACCUCCUCUCCCAACGCCUCUGUCCACGACGGCUCUAACCUCCACUACCUAGCCCCGAUCAAGGAAGUUGUCACAUCUCGUAACAUUGCCUUGGCUAACCCUCGCGAGAAAAUCCAAUGCAAACUCGUGGAAAAGACAUCAAUCUCCCACGACGUUCGCAAAUUCAAAUUUGCUCUCCCAUUGGGGGAUCAGUUCCUAGGUCUCCCCGUCGGGAAACACAUCUUUGUGUGUAGCCAAAUAGAAGGGAAACUCUGCAUGCGAGCCUACACGCCAUCGAGUCCCGUGGAUGAGAUUGGAUUCUUCGAACUUGUCGUUAAAAUAUACUUCAAAGGAACUAAUCCAAAGUUUCCAAAUGGAGGGUUAAUGUCUCAACAUUUGGAUUCACUUUCAAUGGGAGCCAUUGUGGACAUCAAAGGUCCAUUAGGUCAUAUCGAAUACGUAGGUAAAGGGAGUUUCUCGGUUCAUGGUAAACCUAAAUUCGCUCGUAAGCUUGCCAUGCUUGCGGGUGGGACUGGAAUUACUCCAAUGUAUCAAAUCAUUCAAGCCAUAUUGAAAGAUCCGGAGGACCGGACCGAGAUGCACUUGAUCUACGCGAAUAGAACCGAGUGUGACAUACUAUUGUGGGACGAGUUGGAGCGUUAUGUGGAGAUGCACCCGGAUCGGCUUAAGGUUUGGUAUGUGGUUCAUAACUCGGUUAGAGGAGAUUGGAAAUAUAGUGUGGGGUUCAUAUCGGAGAGUAUCAUUAGGGAGCACAUACCAGGGCCAAGUGAUGAGACAUUGGUGCUGGCGUGCGGGCCACCGCCCAUGAUACAGUUCGCAAUACAACCGAGCCUUGAGAAUCUAGGGUUCGAUGUUAAGAAGUCCUUAUUGGUGUUUUAGAGGAGCAUGCAUUGGCUAUCCUCUAAGUAAUAAGACAUUAUUAUUAAGAUGAUAAAAUAAUGUUACCCUAUGGGAUGAUAAAAAUAACACUUUGUAAGAU